AUGUCAGCAACAUUCAAGAUGCCUACCUCGCGCGUUGUCGAGAAUGCAAAGCAGACCUCAGAGUCCGUCCUCUCGGACGCAUCGUCUGCCGUCAAGACUGCUGCAGAGAAUCCCAAGCGGGCAACUGCUGACCUGUUACACACCCCAUUCAUGCGUGCUGCAUUGCCGUUCAUCAAUGGUGGCAUUGCUGGCAUGACUGCUACAACCGUCAUCCAGCCUGUGGACAUGAUCAAGGUCCGCUUACAGCUCGCCGGCGAGGGUGUCAAGACUGGUCCCAAGCCAACACCAGUCACCGUCUUCCGGGACAUUGUGGCUUCUGGCAAGGUUCUGGACCUGUACACGGGUCUUAGUGCAGGUAUCCUUAGGCAAGCCGUGUACACCACUGCACGAUUAGGCUUCUUCGACACAUUCAUGAAGAGGCUCACAAUCUCGGCAGAGAGCAAAGGCCAGAAGAUCGGCUUCAAGGAGCGGGCUGGUGCUGGUCUCGCCGCAGGAGGUUUGGCAGCCGUGGUCGGAAAUCCUGCAGAUCUGGCACUCAUCCGCAUGCAAUCGGACGGUCUGAAGCCUGUCGCCCAACGAGCCAAUUACACCUCCGUCAUCGACGCCCUUACCCGGAUAUCCAAGAACGAGGGCGUUCUCCGACUAUGGGCUGGCUGCUACCCGACCGUCGUCCGCGCAAUGGCACUCAACUUCGGCCAACUCGCUUUCUUCUCCGAGGCAAAGAAUCAACUCAAGGGCACUUCUCUUUCCUCGCGAUCACAGACACUGACCGCCAGCGCCGUCGCCGGUUUCUUCGCUUCGUUCUUCUCCCUUCCUUUCGACUUCGUCAAGACGAGGUUGCAGAAGCAGACCCGCGCCCCCGACGGCACAUUGCCAUACAAGGGCAUGUUCGAUUGCUUUAAGCAGGUCGCCAAGGAUGAGGGUCUCUUGCGAUUUUACAGAGGUUUCGGUACCUAUUACGUGAGAAUCGCACCACACGCCAUGGUGACGCUCAUCGUCGCGGACUACCUUGGCUUCAUCACCAAGUGA